AUGGCAGCAACAGCUAAGCAAUCUACAGCAGCAGUUCAUACAAGCUAUGACCGAAUGAAAGAGCUCAAGGAGUUCGACGAAACUAAAGCUGGCGUAAAAGGGCUCGUUGAUUCUGGCACCAAGCAAAUCCCAAGAAUAUUUAUCCACUCUCCAGAAAACCUCCCAAAGCCUUCAGAUGGGAUCACUACAAACCUCCAAAUCCCUGUCAUAGACCUCCAAGGCAUUAGUAACUCUAAACGUCGACAAGAAAUUGUUAAAGAAGUUCGUGAAGCGUCAAAAUCAUGGGGAUUCUUUCAGCUUCUGAACCACGGAGUACGAGUUGAACUUCUUGAUAGUAUGACCGAAAGUGUUAAGAGGUUCCAUGAGCAGGAUAAAGAGGAGAAAGCAAAGUUUCAUUCACGUGAUCCAAAUAAGAAGGUGAAGUAUUAUGGAAAUUUUGAUCUUUAUAGUGCAUCUCCUGCGAAUUGGAGAGAUACGUUAUCUUGCUUCUUCGAUGGUUCUUUGGAUCCUGCAGAAUUGCCAUCAAUCUGCAGAGAUGUGUUUUUAGAGUACAGGCAGAAAGUCACUGAUACUGCUGACACAGUAUGUGAGAUCUUAUCUGAGGCUCUUGGGCUCAACCCAGACUACUUCAAAAGUGUCAAGUGCACAAAAGCACAACUCCUAGUUGCACAUUACUACCCUUCAUGUCCUCAGCCAGAACUAACCAUAGGCAUUGCCAAGCAUUCUGACCCGUCGUUCUUAACUCUACUUCUUCAAGAUAACAUUGGUGGCCUUCAGGUCCUUCACGAAGAUAGAUGGGUUGCUGUAUCGCCUAUCCAUGGAGCUCUAGUUGUCAACAUUGGCGAUCUUCUUCAGCUUAUCAGCAAUGGUAAGUUCAAGAGUGCUGAGCACAGAGUGUUGGCUAACCGUGGAGGGCCGAGGAUUUCAAUAGCGGUGUUCUUUAAUCCUGGCAUAGAUGAAAAAAGGCCUAUGGGUCCGAUCAAAGAGACACUAUCCGAUGAAAAUCCUGCGAAAUAUCAGGAAAUUCUUUUCAGUGAAUAUUUCAAGUAUUACACUACGAAGGGGCUUGAUGGAGAAUCUGCACUUAAACACUUCCAACUCUGAAAGGCUAAAGAAUGACCCUAAUGAGAUUCAGCAUACUGCUAAGUUGUGUAUUGAAGUUAUGCUCUUCCUCUAAUAAGGCAUCAGUGUU